AUGGCGAGCAGCUCGUUCAACAUCCCCCUCACGAGCUACCUGAUCAGCCGCUACAACAUGAAGGCGAAUGCCGCAACAAACGUGGGCAACGUCUACACCGGCCUGCUUAAUUUCAUGCCAGUGGUUGGAGCCUUCGUCGCCGACGCAUUCUGGGGCAGAUUCAGAACCAUGCUGUUCGGAUCUGUGGUCGGGGUUAUUGGAAUGGUGGUCAUCACCCUGUCGGCCACAAUCCGUCAGCUCAAACCGCCGUCGUGCAGCGCCGCGGCUCGGCAAGCCGGCACGUGCGUCGGCCCGUCGGCCCUCCACCGCGCCGUGCUCUACGUCGGAAUGGGCCUGCUGGUGGUGUCCGCGGGCGGCACGAACCCGACCGCCCUGCCCUUCGGCGCGGACCAGUUCGACGAGACCAGCGAGCGGCACAGGGCCGGGCUCACGCGCUACUUCAACUGGUACUACGCCGUCUCGAUGACGGCCACGUUCCUGGUGCUCACGGUCAUCGUCUACCUCCAGGACAAGGUGAGCUGGGGCCUCGGCUUCGCCAUCCCCACGGUGCUCAUUCUCGUCGCCUUCGCCGUCUUCCUCGCCGGCACCGCGGUCUACGUGUUCGUGCCGCCGGAGGGGAGCAUCUUCUCCAGCGUCGCGCGGGUGGUCGUCGCGUCGUGCCGCAAGUGGCGGCUCCAGCUGCCGCACCCGCAUGACGCUCGGCGCCAGGAGGAGGUCCUGUACAGCUACAGCCCUGAUCAAGGGAACGACGGGCCCCGCCGCGUCUGCAGGCUCCCCCUCACGCUGCAGCUCAGCUUCCUGAACAAGGCGGCCAUCGUGACGGACGCCGACGAGGUGCGGCCCGACGGCUCCCCGGCGAGGCCGUGGAGCCUGUGCAGCGUGCAGCAGGUGGAGGAGGUGAAGUGCCUCGUCAAGAUCAUCCCCGUGUGGGUCUCCGGCGUGGUGUGGUUCGUCGUGAUGACGGAGAUGAGCAACUACACGUACAUCCAGGCUCUGACCAUGGACCUCCACAUCGGCAGCCGCUUCACCAUCCCGCCGGUGUCGAUCCUCGCCGUGUUCUACCUCUCCGUGGCGCUCUGCGGGCCCGCCUUCGACCUGCUCAUCUCCGGCGCCGCGCGGUACCUCACCAAGGCGGGCGGCGGCGCCACUUUGCUCCAGAGGCAGGGCGCCGGCCUGGUGGUCGGCUCGCUGGCGUUCGUGGGCGCGGCCGCCGUGGAGCGCAGGCGGAGGGGCUCCGCGCUGGGCCACGGCGACGGCGUGUCCCCGCUGUCGGCGUUCCUCCUCGCGCCGCAGCUCGCCGUGAUGGGCGCGUCGGGCGCGCUUACCAUGAUCGGGCAGAUGGAGUUCUACAACACGCAGUUCCCGGACCAGAUGCGCACGCUGGCCAACGCGGCCUUCUACUGCGCGCAGGGCGCCAGCAGCUACCUGGCCACCCUCGUGGUCAACAUCGUGAACGCGAGGACGAGGCGCCGCGGCGGGCCCGACGACGGCUGGGUCAGCGACGACAUCAACGCCGGGAGGAUCGACUACUUCUACUACGCCAUGGCCGUGCUCGGCGCGGUCAACUUCGUCUACUUCCUCGUGUGCUCGCACUUCUACCGCUACAAGGGCGAGCAGGGUCCUGAGUCUGCGGGACCUGAACUUCCAUCUGACAAUGACAGUGCUCGCACGAGCGGCACCGAGGCCGCGCUCCUAAAGACGUAGCCACUAGAUGGCUACAGUAUGUAUUCUCUUCUAAUAAAUAAAUAAAAGA